AUGGCAAAUUCUAUCAAGCUGCGGCCCCUACUACCGCUUACCUCGAAUGGACCUCCGGCGCCAAUUCCAAUCAGUACUGCCCCAAAAAGAAAGAGGCCACAAGUGUCAGCCGCUUGUAAUGGUUGUCGAAAACGAAAAGUCAAGUGUGAUGGCGCCCGGCCCUGUUGCUACGCCUGUUCCAUAUCAAAGAUACCAUGCGUCUACCCGGUUCCCGAGGGUCUCUCGCAGAGGGAGGCCCAGAAGCUGAAGCUGAACCACAUGUCAAAGGCUCACGAGAGUAGCCGCAGAGUGUUGGAGCUGCUCCGCGCUAGCCGGGAUGGUGCUUCCACUGAGAUAUUGCAACAGCUGCAACACUCGGAGCAUCUCGACGAGACUAUUCAGUCCAUAGCAGACGCCAGUCUCCUGUUGCCAAAGUUAGGUGACCAAGGAGGCCUCACAUUACGCACAUCCGAACCUCAAUCAUCUCCGAGUAUUACCUCACAACCAAAGAACUCGGUUCCCCAGUCGGAGAUUCAAAAGCCCCCAGAAAGCCCCAACACAUCCCUGAGAUCUCUGCUAGCCGAGACUGCCGAUUCUGGUGUCGUCCUCCCUGUGUCCCGCUGGACCCUGGUCUCUCAAGAUGAUCAGUUUUUGACCCAGCUGCUUGAUAUCUUCUGGACCUGGGAUGCUAUCUGUCACGCCUCAUCGACCGGCGGCUGUUUAUCUCCGAGCUAA